AUAUGAUAAGGGAGGUGUUGUUGUUGUUGGUUUGGUGUAUGUAGUACUCUUAGCUGUCUCCUUUUCCCCUCAAGAGUUGUUGUUGUUAUAUUGUAUAGAGAGAGUCCCCCGCCUCGUCCUCCUCCUCCUAUAGGCUCAACUCAACUCAUCUUCUCUCAAAGUCAUCAAUCAAUCAAUCAACCGCCAAAACUAUCUUCUUUCUUCUUUCUUCUCCUCUCUCUCUCUCUCUCUCUCACAUCGAUUUUUGAAUUUGGAGGAUUUUCAUCACAAGCUUUGUGAGCGAGAAAUGUCGAGGAAUUGAGGAGUCAAAACUCAAAAGCAACAAAGAAAGGGGAUCGAUCUUGCGGCGGAGAUGAGCGCGUCAAGGUUCAUAAAGUGUGUGACCGUCGGAGAUGGUGCCGUCGGAAAAACCUGCAUGCUCAUUUCUUAUACUAGCAACACUUUCCCUACUGAUUAUGUUCCAACUGUUUUCGACAACUUCAGUGCUAAUGUGGUUGUUGAUGGCAACACUGUCAAUCUUGGAUUGUGGGAUACAGCCGGUCAAGAAGACUACAACAGGUUACGACCUCUGAGUUACCGUGGUGCUGAUGUUUUCAUUCUUGCUUUCUCUCUCAUUAGCAAGGCUAGCUAUGAGAAUAUUGCCAAGAAGUGGAUUCCUGAGCUCAGGCAUUAUGCUCCCGGUGUUCCCAUUAUCCUCGUUGGAACUAAACUCGACCUUCGAGAUGACAAGCAAUUCUUCAUAGAUCAUCCAGGUGCAGUGCCAAUUACUACGAGUCAGGGAGAGGAACUGAAGAAACUGAUUGGAUCUGCUGUCUACAUUGAAUGUAGUUCUAAGACACAGCAGAAUGUGAAGGCAGUGUUUGAUGCAGCCAUAAAAGUGGUGCUUCAGCCACCAAAGCAGAAAAAGAAGAAAAAGAACAAGAAUCGAUGCGUGUUCUUGUGAUAAAAACAAUCACUAAGACUAGGUAAAACAACUAAAAAAAGGAAGAAGAAGAAGAUGAUUUCAACUAUUUGAUUCGUCCCCAAUUUAAUAUGAUAGCUUCGACUUGAAGGGAGACAUUUCGGGUAGCUUUUUGUAUAGUUGCUAAAACGAGCUAUAUUGUUUGUGUCUUUUACUCUUUGCUGGUGAAUCAUUUGAGUUCACAGAGUAAGAGAUGGUGUGUUCUACGCUUGUUAUGUAGACUAAUCUCUCUUUCUUUCUCUCUUUUGUUCUUGAUGGGGAUCAUUUUGUAUUAACAUAUGAAUCUAAUUACCAUUGCCUUUUGUUUUCAA